AUGGUGCUAGCGGUAUUCGGCACACUUGGGAAAGACGAAAUGCGGUUGUUCACGCCGCCACAAGCCGUGGGAGAAAGCGAGCAUGCACAAAUGGAGAAGCGGAUAGACGGAUUUGUGCAACAGUUUCUGGAUAUCUGCAAACCUAACAUCGUAGACCUUCGCAGUAAGCUGAAAAAGCCCCUGCGACCAAUCUGGGUAACACAGCAAUCAUCUCUUCCGGAUAGUCCGCCUUGUUUCCCCGACUUUCACCCGAUCGUGCUCUGUACAGCAUCGCGACGAGUACGUGGUGCGGAGGCAUCGGAAAGCGGGUAUAUCCAGGGUGCUGCCGAUGACCACGAAGCAUGGUCUCAUGGACUCACGCCGACAGUCUUCUGGAAGAACAAGGACGUGCUGAUGAAGACGAGCGAGGAAGAUGCACCAGCUCUGAUCGAAAGAUUGCUCAACGAAGACGGAGGUUGUAGCGCGGUCGCAAGUCUGAUCAAGCCAACGUCCAGACUGUACAUCUCUCCUAGUGGCCAGAUGAAGCUCGACGGAUUCGAAGUUGUGAUUAGUUGCACACCGGAGCCCUUCGCCCCUUCGAUGCUAAAGGACGCCGGAGUCAAACACUACUUGCACCUCAAAUGCCAAACCGGCAAACUGGGCUCGCGCGACCUUCGCACUCAACUGCCCCGAAUCUUACAUUUCUUCUCUUCCCUUUCAGGACCAACAGCCGCAAAGAUCCUCAUAUGCUGCCCAACAGGCAAGGAUCUAUCCGUCGGUACCGCCUUAGCAGUACUAUGUCUCUACACAAACGAGGAGGGAGCGAUAGAUACGAGUACGCCAAAGGAGACAAGUGCCAUCGGAAAAGCCUUCAUCAAGCAAAGGCUCAGCUGGAUAACAACAAGCAACCCCGCGCUAAACCCAAGUAGAAGCACGCUCCAAAGCGUCAAUGCCAUCCUGCUAGAAAGCCAAGACCCAAAAGCUUUCUUGCAAACCAAAAGCAACGGCACGAACACUGGCAUCACCACCUCAAUACCAAUCCGAGAAACAAGACCCCUACCACAAGAAUCACAAACAGACGACUCUUCCGAGACCGAAAAGCCGAAGCCCAGCUCUCCUUCGUUGCCUACUUCAAUCUUUGAAAACCUACGCAACUCCCCCGAUAAACCAUGGAGCUUCACCCGUCAACUCCGCUCUACCCUGCCGACCCAUCCCUCGGGCACAGUGACAGGAACAGCGACGUUCACGUCCUGCGACCUACCAGCCUCCUUUCCACCAACUCUGCUCUACGCCGAAGAAGGCGAGUUUGCCACAGACGCGGGUCUCAAGUUCAACGCACGCAGGAAAUACGUGUACCAACUCAAAACGUCGACACCGGAAAGCACAGGCGAGAAAGCAGGCGACUACAUCGCCGUCCGUUUCUUCGACGAUGAAAAGAUGCCGCGCGCGGACAUCGAGGAUGGCGUGGGGAAGAACGGGGAAGGGGUCGGGGGAUCCUUCGUCGACAUGGGUGAUCUGCAGACGAGUGGAAAGGAGGUGAAAGCCAAGAACAAGGAAACGCAUCUUUGUGCCGAGGACUUGUAUACGGCUAGUUGGACAUUCGGACCAGGUGUUGUCAACGGGGACACGGAGGAUGUGUGGUGGGAAGUGCGAUACGAUGUCAAGGGCCCGAAGAAGGAUUACGUGAGUACCACGAGGUACACCCUCAUUUGA